GGCUCCCGCGUUAUCUCCGAUAUCUGCGCAGGGAAGGCGAGGCGGGAGAGUGCGUGCGCGCGCACAUAGCGCGGCUUCAAACCUGGACUAUUUAUUUACCUAUCUAUUUUUUUUUUUAAAGGACUAAAAAGUUGUAUUUGCUCCGUUUUUGGAGGUUUUGGUUGCAGGACUUUCCUCGCGUGGAUCCGUCUGAGCCUCUUGUCAGGUGACUUUUGGAGUUGGUGUUUGCGUGUCUGCCUUAUCUGGAUGCAGGAGCGCCCUAAAAACCUGUUUUCAUCCACUCCAACUGAAAGAUGUACCAAAACCUCACCUUGUCUUCCAGCCAGUCCACUUACACACACGACACGGGGAAUUACAUGCCCCCCUCGGCCAACUCCCCGGUCUACGUGCCCACGGCGAGAGUCCCCGCCAUGCUGCCCUACCUGCAGACCUGCGAGCCGCCUCACCAGCCCCACGGCCUCGGUGCCCACCACCACCACCACCACCACCUCCACCACCUCCACCACGGCUGGGCGCAGGGCGCCGGCGGCAGCGACGCCGCGUCAUUCGCCGGCCCCGCCAGCCCUCACCCUCCGCACGGCUUCUCCUACUCUCACAGCCCGCCUUCCCCGCAGCAGCAGCCGCCGCCGACUCUGAGCGCCAGCGCGGGCCGAGACGCGGCCUACCAGGGCCCGCUUGUGCUCGGAAACGGCACCCGGGCCGCGGAGCAGCUCGGCGGCGCUCUGGUUCGCUCGAUGACCGGCGGGUCUUACGCCGGACCGUACGCCUACAUGAGCCCGGAGAUGGCGACCUCCUCCUGGACGCCAGGACCCUUCGAGAGCGGGGUGAUGAGCCUGCAAGGCCGCCAAGGAGGCAUGACUGCGCGGCUUUCCAGUCUGGACCUGGUGGAGGACAUGGCCGCCGAGGGCAGGGAGUGCGUCAACUGCGGCUCCAUCUCCACGCCGCUGUGGCGCCGUGAUGGUACUGGACACUACCUGUGCAACGCCUGCGGUCUCUACCACAAGAUGAACGGCAUCAACAGGCCGCUCAUCAAACCACAGAAAAGGCUGCAAACCACGUCCCGCCGAGCCGGCCUGUGCUGCACCAACUGUCACACCAGCACCACCACGCUGUGGAGGCGCAACGCUGAGGGAGAACCCGUGUGCAACGCCUGUGGCCUCUACAUGAAGCUGCACGGGGUGGCCCGGCCUCUGGCCAUGAAGAAAGAGAGUAUACAGACCAGGAAGCGCAAGCCCAAGAUGGCCAAGAACAAGUCGGCCACAGGGGCGUCGACCACCUCUGGCUGCAGCUCGCCCUCGUCGGAGCACACCUCCACCGUCAAGCGGGAACCCAGCCUGACCCUGUCGCCCUACCAGCCGUGCAGCCAGUUGAACGCCACGCCGCCGCACGUGGACAUCAAAUACGAGGACUACGUCUUCGCGCCAGCGUCCAUGGCCGCACAGAACUCCUGGUGCGCUCUUUCCCAGGCGUGACUUAGGGUCCUCCUCCUUGACGUAUGAGGGGCUCCCAGGGGACCACGCCGAGGAUUAAUUGGUUUGUUUUGUCGUCUCAUCGGCGACACGUGGAUGAUUAACUUUUAUGGACGCAUUAUUGAUGUUGCCAUAAGGGCCCUCAGCUUGUGCGGCGGCCAUGUUGGCGCGUGACCUCCACGCCAAGGUCAUGUGAGCAAGUGUUUCCGGCGAGAAGGAUUGUGAAAGUGCAAUGGCUCGUUUUUUUUUUUAAUGUAUAGUGAAAUAAUUGUGGUGUAAUUUUAUUGGCUGUCAAUGUUUGUUUUUAAGGAGGAAAAAGACGUU